GUUUUUUAAUAUGUUAAAUUACUGAAAAUUUUGAAAAAAUUUUUUAAAGCACAAUCAUGUUACAACAUCCCGCCUCUGAUUUUUAUGAUUUGGCUGCUGCUAAUACGGCGGUCAUAAGUUCACGGCAAACGCCACCUUACAGCCCGACCGGCCUAACGUCAGCGACUAGCUCGAAUAACAAUAACAAUAAUAGCACAAGCAAUAAUAAUUUGGAUUUGUUGACUCACAAUGGCUCCGGAAUAGGCGGCGGUGGUGGUAGUACGUCUCUUAGCGUCCAAAACAGCAGCAGUACAAAUAUUGGGGGCAGCGGCAGUGGUAUUAUAAGCGCAACAGGUGCGGGCGGUAUCAGUAAUGGUUCAAACGUUCGCGAAGUCUUACCUAGUUUUGGUUUUACCCAAGAGCAAGUUGCUUGUGUCUGUGAGGUCUUGCAACAAGCCGGCAAUAUUGAAAGGCUGGGCCGCUUUUUAUGGUCAUUACCACAAUGUGAUAAAUUGCAACUGAACGAAUCUGUGCUAAAAGCCAAAGCCGUUGUUGCAUUCCAUCGCGGUCAAUACAAGGAAUUAUAUCGACUGCUCGAACAUCAUCAAUUCUCACCGCAUAAUCAUGCCAAGCUGCAAGCACUAUGGCUUAAAGCUCACUAUGUGGAAGCCGAAAAGUUACGAGGAAGACCUCUCGGUGCUGUGGGUAAAUAUCGUGUUCGUCGUAAAUUUCCACUGCCUAGGACGAUUUGGGAUGGUGAGGAAACAAGUUAUUGUUUCAAGGAAAAAUCACGUUCUGUUUUAAGAGACUGGUAUGCGCACAAUCCUUAUCCAUCACCGCGAGAAAAACGUGAACUAGCAGAGGCGACAGGUCUAACAACAACGCAGGUCUCUAAUUGGUUUAAAAAUCGACGUCAACGAGAUCGAGCGGCCGAACAUAAAGAGUAA